CAAUAUGUACUUGUAAGCUUUUACUUGCCGUAAAAUGCCUGUUCUGGUCAUACUAUAGUCAGUUAAAAUGCCCGUUGUGGUUAUUUCAUAAUCUCAAAUGUAACUUCAACCAACAUGAGUCUCCUUUCUUUUUGGCAGGGCCUUCCUGUCUUUGCUAUUGGUGUUGGACUCAGUACAUUUGACAAAGCAUCUGUAGGACCAUGUUGUUUCAAUCUUUUUCUUUAGAACUUCAACUGAUGAAUCUUAAAUUGACUGCUUUGUUAUUGAUCAGAAAACUGUGGUUUGAUAUGCAUUGUGGAAAGCAUUUUCUUCAUUGACGCCCUUCCCCUAAAUGCCAGAAACAUUUUCCAAGUCCGAAAGCUCAAAAUCCCAUUGAGGAUGCUGAUUAACUUAUUAUUUGCACAACCGGGAUGGUGUGGCAGUGCAACUGGAGAGAAGAGGCUUCAACUUCAACAGAACACAGGGGAGGACUCGUAGCUGCAAAUUCUCCAAGAUGGAAGAGGAUACUUCUUCGAAUCUUCUCUGAGGGAAAAGGGCGUCAAGGCCGUGUUGAACAAGGGACUAUUAAAGUUGGAGAAGAUGUGGAGAUUUUAGGUUUAAUGCAGGUUGGACAAGUACAGGCAACUUGUACUGCGAAGGAACUACGUGAAAUUCCUUGUGGCACUUGUCAAUGCACGUGGAGGGGCAUGCUUGUGGAGCUACAUAUCUCUUUGGAGAAAUGCAACAAGAAAGGGUUAAAGAGGAUGAAUAUAGAAAAUAAGACAUGUCAGGUAAUCUAUUUAUGAUUCUUGCUGUUUGAUUAUGGACUGUUAUGGUCUAUCCUCAUGGUGGCCUGUCAGAAGGAUGGUGUAGGUCCCUAGUUCAAAAACCUAAAACUUUGGACUUGAUGUUUAGCAGGUCAUGUUUUAUACCCACUCUACCCAUCCAUUGCACUAGCUAAUGUUAGGACAUGAACCACUCUGUUGCUGUUUGAUUUUUUUUGCUCCUCGGUUAUGUAUAUCUGAGGUUUGAGUGCUUUUUUUUUGUUAGCUUGUUAGUACACCCAACUGUCAGUUCAGAAUUCAGAAUCGACUCUGCAAUGGAUUCCAAUUCAACUAAAUCAGGAAAAUAUUUAUAACCUUUUAUAACUCCAAAAACACCCUAAUGAAUUAAAAAAGAAGAAGAAAAAGCAACUAAUGCU